AUGCUUCGCCCUAUCCGACUCUUGUCCGCUCAGCCUUUUUCCCGGCUGCCCUUCCAUUGGCUGUUCGCUCCCCAUAUUUCCAAUGCUACGCCGACACUCGCGCUGGUAACAAUGUUAAUAACCAAUGGCCCCAGUUCUGGACUGAGAGUAGGGUACGCUCUUAUUUUGGGUUGGAGUGGAUGGAUUCGCAUCGACGGCUCAACCUUCCAAUUGUGGGGACAAUCCGGGACUGCCACGAACUUAACUAGCUUCGAGGUUACUCCCACUCGCACCAUUUUAUCCAUACAUGCCAACACAACGAAUGUGAAUGUGACAUUUUUGGGUCCGAUAGAGCCGACAAAUUUAGUUCUUCAGUCACUGCCCUUUUCGUACGUUUAUAUUGAUGUAGAGUCGAACGAUGGACAAGAGCAUUCAAUACAGCUCUAUUCGGAUAUUAGUGCCGAAUGGAUCUCUGGUGAUUCGAAUUCUUUGGCCAAGUGGAAUACCUCUAGAACAGGCUCUUCAACAAUCCACGAAGCUGAUAGACAGUCGCCUUUAUCGAUGGCAGAAAUAAAUAAUUUGGCUGAGGACGCGACGGUGUAUUACGCUUUUCCUAUCAGCAACGAUGCGACGUAUGAGUCCGGUAUUGACGCCGAUGUUCGGGGUAAUUUUACAAGAAACGGUACUUUGUUCGGCAGUUUAGACACAAAUUUCCGUGCAAUUCAAGACCACUUUGUUGUGUUCGGUCAUGCCGUCAAUCUCAGUAACAUUGCUAGUACAACAUCGUCGGUUGUCUGGGCAAUAGGGCUUGUCCGUGAUCCAGUAAUUAGUCUUUACUCGACGACCACAAAUAGCAGUCGUAGUUCAUACUUUUGGACCACAUUCAAUACUGUCAACGAUGCGAUCGACUUCUUUCUCGAUGAUUUUUCCAAUGCUAAGCAGAGAGCUAUUGACCUCGAUAAUAAGAUCAUGUCCGAUGCCCGUCGGGUCUCUGAUAAUUAUGCGGAUCUUGUCGCCCUCGCAGCCCGUCAGGCCUUGGCCGUAGAUAUCACAGUAUCCAGAGACAGUAAUGGACAGUGGAAUACGUCGGAUGUUAUGUCUUUCAUGAGGGACAUGGGUGAUUCCCGUCGCGUCAAUCCCGUCGAAAUAUUAUAUGCAUCCUUCCCGGCCUAUCUCUAUUUUAAUACAACAUGGGCUGGAUAUCUUCUCGAGCCACUGCUACGAUAUCAACAGUCUUCGCAGUAUACGAAAACCUACGCCGCUCCAGAUCUCGGCUCGUCAUAUCCAAAUGCCAAAGGAAACAAUAGUCCAUCAAUAUCCGGAGCAAUAGAGGAUUCAGGAGACAUGCUCAUCAUGGGCUGGGCUCAUGCUAGAUUUUCUGGCGAUGGUUCAAUGAUAUCACGAUAUUUUCAUGCGUCGUACACAACUCCAACCGCUCUCCACUCUUAUCGGCAUCAUUCUUCUAGCACGGAUGCAGAUGGGUUAGACAACACGAACAUGACCAACUUAGCCAUCAAGGGCAUCAUUGGCAUCAAGGCUAUGUCAGAAAUCAGUCAAGCGUUAGGGAGAAGCCAGGAUGCUGAAACAUACUCGUCCAAAGCCCAAUCGUAUGUUGAGCAAUGGCAGAUCUCGGCAGGCUCGACGGGCCACCUGCUCUCUACGUACGGACCAACAGCGGACUCGACAUCUUGGUCUCUUGUAUAUAAUCUUUUUGCGGACAAGUUAUUAGGAACGUCACUUGUCGACUCGAGUGUCAGUGCGAACAAGAAUAGUACCAUAUCUAUAUCACUAAUCUCCCUUAUAGAUCUAUACUAA